AUGUCAGACAUGAAUACCACACCAGAUUACAAAUUGAUGAAACUGAGAGAGUUGCGAGAGGUUGCUAAAUCCCGUGGAAUUAAGUAUAUCGUGGGGAUGAGAAAGGGUAAAUUGAUUGAGGUGAUCGAGAAGAAUGAUCUCGACCCAUCCUACACCAUCGAUCUGGAUACCAAGAAGGAAUGGUAUGGAUACUGUUCAAGGUGGAGGUCGAAAAACAGGGAGGCAUAUCUAAAAGCUCAAAAACGUUAUAACGACAAAAGAUCCAAGUGGUUGAACAACCCUUUUUUGUUACUCAGACGAGUAACAAAUGUUGGUGGGUGGGUACCCAUGGUGUACCGGUCACGGCCCUCUAGGUGCUGGUGGGUGGGUACCCAUGGUAUAUCGAUGUAUGUGUGUUUUAGCGUGAUGGUUGUAUUACAAACGAUGACACUCAUUACACUCCAACACGGUUUACGAUUUAUAAAACCAUCUUAAAGAUUACAUCUAGUAUAUCACAACCAAGCAUAUCUUCAGGAAUCGUUCUCGAUUUGAUACACAGUAGAGAAUAUAUUGAUGACUUUUAUCUUUUCACGGUCCCUGAUUUAAGAGCCCGAGCGAGUUACCUCGGCGCACAUGGAUACUCGCGGCUCAGAAGGACCGAGCUUAUUGAUUUAAUAUUAUCAAUAGAUCCCAAUAUGAGUUGGUCUCAAGUAAAUGAUUCAUUCAUCUUGAGAGAAAGGUCAAUGCCUAGACCAAUACCUAUACCUAGACCGGUACCAACACCGAUUAGACCCGUACCAGCACAGGUUGAGGUUGAUGAUGAGGACGACGCGGAUGAU